AUGUGGUUGACUACCAAUGAUGAUUUCCUUCGCAUCUUCUGGUUGAAACAUGUGCGUGUGCAACAUAUUCCACGUGAUACGUUCACAUAUUUGCAAAAACAAUCUACCAUAGUGGAGGCUUUAUCGAUUGCCCGAGGUCAGAUUGAGCAAAUGAGCAAUAUGAAGCAGAGGCUGACAUCACCACCCGUUCCUGCUUCCCUCAACAUGACUAAGCAACAGAUAGAAUCCAGUAUAAGGGUUGAACCCAACCUACCUUUAGUUCAUCCAUCCAGCUCACCAUUGGCACCACCUGCGAUGUCUUUUGCAGCUCAGAGGACAAGCGAAGAAGAGAACAAGAAGGCAACAGCAGCUGCUGUAGCUGCUAAGCUUACUGCUUCUACAUCCUCUGCACAGAUGCUUACAUCUGUUCUCUCAUCUCUUGUAGCCGAGGAGGCUGCCUCUGUGAGUGGUGGUCUAAAAUCAGCUGGAUUCAUCUCUAAUUUACCCAUGUUCUCUCCAGAGAAACGGAUGAAGUUAGACAAACCAAUGUCUUCUGCAGAUGCUAAUAAUUCUGAAAUUGGUAAUACGAGCUAUUUUACUUCUCUUCAACAGCAACCGAUGGGUACUAUGCCGCUUGUCCCACCCACAAGUAUCCAACCCAUGAACCCGAUGCAAUCUCCAUUUCCACCCCCACCUCCUCCUCCGGUACCUCCUGCAAAUUCACCGGCAAAUCAAUUUGUUCAAUCUGCCGGUAUGAUGAUGGGUAUUAUGCCUUACGGAUAUGGAGGUAAUAGCUUGCCACCUCCACCACCACUGCCUUCGCAUAUUGCAAUGGGAUUAGCAAGACCGGCCCCACAGCCACAGCAACCGCAACAGAUGCAGUCCCAGCAGCAGCAGCAGCAGUCUCCGCAGCCACCGACUAAUGGAGGGUAUUACAGGCCUCCGGGUAUUGGAUUUUAUGGGCAAAGUCAUCAGCCAACAACACAGCCAGUUCCUUGGCAGUGA